UCAACAAAGGGGUGUGUGAUGGUGAUGGGUCACAAAGGACUGUGCAGAAUAAAUGAGGUCGGGCCAAGAGACUUAGGCAGAGCCCUGCAGGGAGGUGGCCAGUUGCCUUCAUUCCCUGUCUCUCCGAGACUCGAUGUGUGGCUGGUGGCCGCUGUCUCGAACGAAUAGAACCAUGAGCAGUGAGCAUUUGUUACCUCAUUACACGGCCAACAGCUACCGUUCAGUAGGCGUGUUCAGUACCUCCAUGGGGGACCUGCAACGACAACUGUACAAGGGAGGAGAGUAUGACAUUUUCAAGUAUGCUCCCAUGUUUGAGAGCGACUUUAUCCAGAUCAGCAAGAAAGGAGAGGUGAUUGACCUACACAACCACGUCCAAAUGGUGACUGUGGGCAUCGCAUCCACCAGCCCCCUCCUCCCACUACCUGACGUCAUGCUGCUGGCCCGGCCAACAAAAGCCUGUGAAGAGCAUGUCAGAUACGCCCAGAUCACCAAGGGAAAAGGUCGCGAGCCCAUGAAGACCCUAGAGCUUACCAGGCUGCUUCCCUUGAAGUUUGUCAAGAUCUCCAUCCACGACUGCGAGAAGCAGCGGCUGCGCCUGAAGCUUGCCACCGGCCGUACUUUUUAUCUGCAGCUGUGCCCCUCUUCCGAUGCUCGAGAAGACCUCUUUUUCUAUUGGGUGAAGCUUGUCUAUCUCCUGAGACCACCGGUAGAGAGUUGCAGCAGUACCCCGACGCUCCAAACGGGAGAUUCAGCGACUAUUCAGGAUGCCAAAAUCCUAGUGACCACAGAGCUCCACAGGGAAAGGGAUCAGGAUGAGGCCGGGCUUCACAAGCUUCGUGACAUGUCUGGAGCCACGUCUUGUGCUUAUGUUGGGGGAGAGGGAAUCCAUCAUGCCCCCCAUGGCUCAACUGCAGCCGUGAAAAGUGCCGAAGGAUCAGCUGCAGAGAUGACCACGGGCCAGGUCGCAGCAGAGACAGCAUCAAGACCUGGCGGAGGAGUGGCAGUCUCAGGGGUGGGAGCAGGCCCUGCAGGAGGCGCUGUGAGCUUGGCGGCAGCCAAGAGCACAGGCACCAGCCAGGUGAGCAUGGCCCUGGCGGGAGCCACCAUCAGGGAUCCAGGAGAAAGCGGAUCCGGCAAGGCCAUUGCAGGUGCUGCCAGCACAUCCUUGGAGGACACGAACCUGGUCUUGGCGGGUGCUGCCAGCACAUCCUCCACAGGGGCAGGUAGUCCAGAGAGCAGCAUGAGUGUGGUGUUUGCAGGUGCAGCCACGACCAACAAGCCUGCUGCUGGAAGAGCUGAAGGGCAGGUCGCAGCCCCCCUGGUCUCCACCUUGCAGAGCGAAGACUACAUGUCUGAACGGGAUGGAAGCCAGAAGGUCUCCCACCCCAGGGAUGAAGCCUGGAAGGAGAAAAAGGAAAGAAGGGAAAAGAAGGACAAGUCUUCAUCUAGGAAAAGUUCCCAUCACCGCAGGACAGGUGAAAGUCACCGCAGGACAGGAGGGGACAAGACCCAGAAAUCAUCCUCCUCCUGGUCCUUAUCCGGCCAUGGAAACUCAAAAGUUGACAAAAAAGAAAAAGGGCACAGUGGCACCCGGAGCAGAAGACACAGCUCUCACAGGAGUGGCAGCCACAGGUCCUCUGCCAAGAGCCGGUCCGCCACCAGUUCAGGGACUCUAAGUAAGAAAUCCAGUAAGAUCUAUUCGUUUUUCAGGAGCUUCAGAGUCAUUCCUGGUUCACAAACAAUGGUCACACAAGACAGAGAGGUAGACUUCGUGGCUAAGACGGUAGAGGAGCGCAACAUAGAGGCCAAGGUGGAGAAAGCCCCAGUUGGCCAGGAUCUGGAGAUCUGUGGAACCAUGACAUCAGAGCCGAUGGAGACCAUCGUUAUUGAAACCAAAUCCAUUUAA